AUGCUGUGGAGCGUGGGGGCGUGCUGUGGGACGUGGAGGUGUGCUAGAGACUGUGUAACGCCCACUGGAAAGUCCGCCCACUGGAAAGUCCGCCUACUGGAAAGUCCGCCCACUGGAAAGUCCACCCACUGCAAAGUCCGCCCACUGGAAAGUCCGCCCAAUGGAAAGUUCGCCCACUGGAAAGUCCACCCACUGAAAAGUCCACCCACUGGAAAGUCCGCCCACUGGAAAGCCCACCCACUGGAAAGUCCGCCCACUGGAAAGUCCGCCCACUGGAAAGCCCACCCACUGGAAAGUCCGCCCACUGGAAAGUCCGCCCACUGGAAAGUCCGCCCACUGGAAAGUCCGCCCACUGGAAAGUCCGCCCACUGGAAAGACCACCCACUGGAAAGUCCGCCCACUGGAAAGUCCACCCACUGGAAAGUCCACCCACUGGAAAGUCCACCCACUGGAAAGUCCACCCACUGGAAAGUCCACCCACUGGAAAGUCCACCCACUGGAAAGUCCGCCCACUGGAAAGUCCACCCACUGGAAAGUCCACCCACUGGAAAGUCCACCCACUGGAAAGUCCACCCACUGGAAAGUCCACCCACUGGAAAGUCCGCCCACUGGAAAGUCCACCCACUGGAAAGUCCACCCACUGGAAAGUCCACCCACUGGAAAGUCCACCCACUGGAAAGUCCACCCACUGGAAAGUCCACCCACUGGAAAGUCCACCCACUGGAAAGUCCACCCGGCCGCAAGUAA